AUGAUGCAAACAAGACUCGUUUCUGCACUCGCUGUGGUACAGCAUAUAGUGAGCAUCCAAGCUUGUCCAUUUCAUUCAACCGACACUGGCCAUUCUCCAACAAUCAACAACGAUAGACGCUCUACCCCGAAUGAAGUUGUGAAAACGGCCAUCGAGAAUGUGCGGGUCUUCAAUGGUUGGGCGUUUGAGACUCCUUCAACAGUAUGUCUGGAUGGUGGCUAUAUCGUCAGUGUUGACGAAUGCGACGACGCCCAGGCUACGGUUGAUGGUACUGGAAAGUUCUUGAUUCCAGGGUUAAUCGACAGUCACGUCCACCUGACAGAUGUACAAUCACUCGAAAAUUUUACAUCGUGGGGAUGUACCACGGCCAUGCAUAUGAACUGUCGAAACUAUACACAAUGCGAGACCAUGAAGAACCAGCCGGGCCUUGCUAGCUUCAUUCAUGCAGGUCUGGCGGCAGUGGGAAAUGGAAGUCUGCAUGAAAAGCAAGAUCCGACGCGGUUGAGAAACACUCUCAUAUAUCCCGACACCAAUGUAGUCGAAUGGACAGACUGGCAAUUCGGCAACGGCAGCAACUUUAUGAAGAUUACUGCCGAGGUCAACGGCCCCUCGACGGAGCAGCAGACUGAAAUGGUCCAGCAAACUCACUCCAAGUAUCGGGCCCAGACAAUGACCCACGCAUCAGCAAUUGCGGCAUACCAGCAGGCGGUGGCCUCCAAGACGGACGGCAUCCAGCAUGUUCCCGAUGACGGCAUUCUCGACAAUGCGACAAUCCAUGCCAUUCUAGUACAAGGCCAAUUCGUCACUCCAACCAUCAACGUAUUCGAGUUUGCGUAUAGAGAAGCUGCUCUACAGCAGUACUUUAGUGUCACGCCAGGGAGCAACCGCUCGCUUGAGCAUGCGCAGACCAAUGCCCGGCUCCUCUAUCAGGCCGGUGUACCUCUUAUCGCAGGCACCGACGCGGUUGGUACACUCCCUCAAAACGGUACCUCGAUUCAAGUCCCAUGGGGAUUGACACUCCAUUACGAGCUGGAGAACUUUGUCAAUAUUGUGGGAAUGUCGCCCGCCGAGGCCAUCAAUGCUGCGACUCGUGAAGCUGCCAAAUGGCACCGGGUCCCAGACAGAGGCUCCGUGGCGGUGGGCCAGCGCGCGGAUGUGCUCAUGCUUAAUUCGAAUCCUCUUUUGAACAUAACCAAUACUCGGGAUAUCGCAAAAGCGUGGGCUUUUGGGUUCGAAAUUGCAGCCCUAGCGUCUGUCGAAAGCUCUGCUGAGAACCCUGGAGAUCUUCCUGAAGGUGAUAAAGUGUAA